AUGAAUGAUAUGUCUAUGAAAGGGGUGAGUAUUGAGAUGACGGCUGAUAGAGGAAUAGUGUGGGAUAAGGGCAAGAGAAAGAAAGAAGAAGCAAUCAGGAGCGGUAUUUCAACACUAAAUUGCCGGGACCGAAGUUUUCACUUACGGCUAGAUGGCGGUCUUUGCUUCGAGAUACCGCCAUGGCAACACAUGCCGGUGGAAAUGGACCAUCACAUUGCGAAAGUGAAAGAGGCUUGGGGGAACCUAUCGUCGACGAAGGCCACGCGCCGAAUAAGUCUGGGCAUAACGAAUAAUGAAAUAAGCCAGUAUGUGGACACAGUUAUCGGGCCGUUCUUAGACACUUAUCAUAGAAAUAUUCAGUCCUCGUACCAUCAGCUAACGAAUAAGAUACUUAAAAAGACAAAAGACGAAAUAAACUCCGCGUUGCGUAAAAAGCAGAAGAUUUACGACGAUCUGAUUCGCCUUGCUGACAAAUUAGCCGUUCCAGAUAUGUGCAGUGAGGAGCGUAGAUAUGCUCGCACUAUUGCUAGCAGACACGUUGCCCAAAUAUACAAAUGCACACAAGAGGCUAGGAGUUCUAUCACAAAAAUGGGCAAGUAUGCUGAAGAGAUGAUAAUGAUAACUCGAAAUCACAUGCAGGCGGCGCUGGAAAAGACCACGAACACAACUGGUUUAAAGGAGCCAGCAGAAAGAAGUCAGAAAGUGGAUCACAAAGUUUACCUGAAAAACCUGUCCAAAGCGGCGGUCUCUCUCGGUUACGAAUUGGAUUUGAGUCUUACCAAUGCGCGUCGCUUCAACGAACAGUCCUGCGAGAAAUUCUCCAUCUGUUGUUCAAAAGCCAGGAAGAGCACGGAAGACUCCGCUGCCACCUUAAGAGAUCACCUGUAUCAAUGCGUCUAUGCU